AUGGCGAGAUGGCUGCCUCGCUCUGCAGACCUGACCCGCUUCUGCCAGAAACUCAACCGAGUGAAGACUUUGGAGGAUGACAUGAUGGAGACAUCCUUCAACAGAUGCCUCUCCACCAUUGACUUGACGCUGCUGGGCAUCGGGGGCAUGGUGGGCUCUGGGCUGUAUGUCCUCACUGGCACUGUAGCCAAGGAGAUUGCAGGCCCUGCUGUCAUUGUCUCCUUCAUCAUUGCUGGCUUUGCCUCACUCCUUGCUGCUCUCUGCUAUGCUGAGUUUGGAGCCCGUGUACCUAAGACAGGCUCUGCCUACAUGUUCACCUAUGUGUCUGUAGGUGAGAUCUGGGCCUUCCUCAUUGGCUGGAAUGUGCUGCUGGAGUACAUGAUUGGAGGAGCUGCAGUGGCCAGGGCAUGGAGUGGUUACCUGGACUCCAUCUUUAACCAUAAAAUAAAGAACUUCACUGAGACUCAUAUUGGCACAUGGCAGGUGCCAUUUCUGGCACACUACCCAGACUUCCUGGCAGCUAGCAUCUUACUAGUAGCCACUGCAUUCAUCUCCUUUGGGGCCAAAGUUUCUUCCUGGAUCAACCACGUCUUUUCAGCCAUCAGUAUGGGUGUCAUCCUAUUCAUUCUCAUCAUGGGCUUCAUCCUCGCACAGCCCAAGAACUGGAGUGCUCAGGAAGGAGGUUUUGCCCCAUAUGGGCUAUCAGGUAUCAUGGCUGGAACGGCCACCUGCUUCUACGCCUUUGUGGGCUUUGAUGUCAUAGCAGCCUCAAGUGAAGAAGCCAGGAACCCCCAGAGGGCAGUUCCCAGAGCGAUAGCUUUCUCCUUGGGUCUGGCCACUGGAGCCUACAUCCUAGUGUCCAUGGUGUUGACACUGAUGGUGCCCUGGUGUACGCUGGACCCUGACUCUGCACUGGCGGAUGCAUUUUACAGGAGAGGUUACUCCUGGGCUGGAUUUCUGGUUGCUGUUGGCUCCAUCUGUGCAAUGAAUACGGUCCUGCUAAGCAACCUCUUCUCCCUACCACGCAUCGUCUACGCCAUGGCAGAGGAUGGACUCUUCUUCCAGGUGUUCUCCCGGGUCCACCCCCGCACACAGGUGCCUGUCAUUGGCAUUGUGGUAUUCGGGGUGCUCAUGGCCCUGCUGGCCCUUGUCUUCGACCUGGAAGCCCUGGUGCAGUUCCUGUCCAUUGGCACACUGCUGGCCUACACUUUUGUGGCUGCUAGCAUCAUUGUGCUGCGCUUCCAGCAGCAGAAGGUCAAUGUUUGUGCUCAGCCAACUGGCAGGCGGCCGAGUCCUGAGCCCAGUGAGGGCCCUGCCACUGGUGAGCUGAAGGAGUACGAGUCCUUUUCUGACAAGCUCCAGCUAGUGGAUGGAGACAAGAGCAAAGAGCAGCGGGAGCCAGGGCAGCUGAAGGCAGCUUUCGAACCCUACCUGGAGUUCCUCAGCGACUUCUACCCAGGCGAGGUGGUCACCAUUGCUGUGGUUACCCUGAUGGUGUCUGCCAUCUGCCUGUGCUCUGUCUUGGUGUUUGGCAACACCCACCUCCACUUGCCAACCUGGAGCUAUUCCCUGCUGCUAGUCCUCUUCAGCCUAGGGUUCCUGCUCAGCCUUCUCCUCAUCUGGGCCCAUGAGCAGCAGCGCAGCACACAGACCUUCCAGAUACCCCUGGUCCCCCUGUCCCCAGCACUGAGCAUUGUCCUGAAUAUAUAUCUUAUGCUGAAGCUUAACUACAUGACAUGGCUCCGGUUCAGUAUCUGGCUGAUCAUAGGCCUACUUGUGUAUUUCGGUUAUGGCAUCUGGCACAGCAAAGAGAACCUGCGGGAGCCCAAGCCACAGCGCGUGAGUGCCCGGUACGUGGUGUUUCCCAGCGGUAGCCUGGAGGAGACGGUACGAGCAGUCCAGCCGAGCUCCCAGCCUGCCCUGGGGCUGCCGGAUGCAGACACCGAGGAGUCUAAGAGAUGAUGUUGUAGGGGAGGGGGCAUCUGGGUCACCACGGCUCUGGGAGCAUUUGCCCCCCUCCCCCAGAGAAGGCCUAAACCUCCCACUCUCCCCAGUCUCUUUUGCAGCGAAAGCCACCAGGGCCAGGUCUGUCCUUGGCACGUGGCUCUGUCUGGUGUGGGGACUGUGACACUUGUGCAUCCCCACCUGCUCCCAGCAGAGCAUGGUGUGGGGGAGCUGGCUCCCUCCCUUCCUGUCCCCAGCACUCAGGAACCAGCUCUCAUCCUGCAAAACCCAGUGCCUGUCUUGGUGACAAGGAGCCUUGUCCUCACCAAAUUCUGCCGAGCCUGCCCAGACCCCCAAGCAGCAUGUCUCGUUUCCUCUGACCCAGCAGUGCAGGUCCUGAGGACAGGCAGCCUGGGGGCUGUCCAUCCUGGCCGCAGCGUGGGCUCUCUCUGCAGCCAUAAUGAGCC